AUGGCACCACACGCGAACGAAGACGUGCUUGGCGUGUCAGAGACUGCCGAGGAUGCUUCCCUGGCGACCAUCUCUAUCGCCAAGCUUAUGAAUCGCAACAACGAAACAGAGAAAGAGCUGUUUCACGCCUGUACCGACCUAGGAUUCUUCUAUUUAGACUGUCGUGAUCACCCCUCGGGAAAGCUCAUCAGUCAAAUCGACAGCGUUGCCGCCGCUGCAUUGGAAUUCUAUGAGCUUCCGCAGUGCAGAAAGAGCGAGUGGGAGGUAAACAAAGACCAUAGCGCAGGUGAAGAGAUUGUACUGGGGUACAAGCCCGCAGGUAGUCAAACGGGAUCGGUCGCCGGGAAAAAAGAUGGAUUCGAAGGAUUCAUGAUCUUCGAGCAUGCUCUACGAAAUGCGUCACGAGAUCGUCCAAUUCAAGGGCCUAAGAUCUUUCAAGAUUCCCGCGAGUUGGUGGAGACCACGAAUGCCCACCUAGGCGACAUAGGUCGUGAGAUUAUGGAUAGUCUAUCGCGCUCGCUGAAGCUCAAAGAGAGCAAGAACCUCGCAGCGCAUCAUCACAAGGACAAACCAUCGCCGACAGCUUUAGGGCUACUGAGAUACUUGCCAUACACAUUAGAAAGUACUAAAGUUGGGCACAUCCCGCACACAGACAUUGGUAGUCUGUCAAUGGUCUUCUCGGACGUCGGUGGACUACAGGUGUACCAUCCUAAGAAGAGGGCGUGGAUGUAUAUUGAGCCACGACCAGGCCAUGCGGUAUGCAACAUCGGCGACUCGGCAGAGUUCCUUUCACAAAAUGUGCUGCGAUCCUCCUUGCAUAGGGUGGUGCCUCAUCCGCUGGAAAAGGAUAAGGUCAAGCUGACGGUCGUGUAUCUAAUGCGACCGGAGACCGAUUCGGUAUUUGUGGAUCGUAAUGGUAAGGAAUGGAGAAGUGUUGACUGGCAUAACAUGAAAUAUCGCUUGUUUGCGGCGGAUCUGGAUUCUCAAGCGAGCACUAAUGCAUUGACCGGUCGGUUGGGGCUGGACGAUCUGUGGGAUGAAAAAGAGGCCUAA